GUGUAUUCAUUUGUGGAGCGGUAACGGUACGUGCGGGAGUGUUCAUGAAGUCUUGCAAACGAGAAUGAUAAGCGAGUGACUGUGACAAGUGUACGGUUUGGUCGGGUAGUGGAUAAUGUAGGUCGGAUACGGUUUGUUUUGGUUAAUUAUUAGGUGUUUGAUGUAAAUUAAAACGCCGAGACUUGAUCAGUGUGUGGCCUCAUUUACGGAUGCUGAAGUUGGAAGAAGUGAGCGUGUGAGGUACUUUAAAGUAAACAGUUUGUGUUCCCGCUUACUGAAAGUGCAUCGUGAUGGCUGAAGGUGGAGCAACGAGCACCAACCCCAACGCGGAGAUCGUGCGAGGCCAGGUCUUCGAAGUGGGGCCUCGCUACGUGAACCUGCAGUAUAUCGGCGAAGGCGCCUACGGGAUGGUUGUAUCGGCCUUCGACAACGUGAAAAAAACGAAAGUCGCCAUUAAGAAAAUAUCGCCAUUCGAGCAUCAGACCUAUUGUCAGAGAACCUUAAGAGAAAUCAAAAUCCUUACACGGUUUAAGCAUGAAAACAUAAUCGACAUUCGGGAUAUUUUAAGGGCGGAUUCUAUUGAUCAAAUGAAGGAUGUCUACAUUGUGCAGUGCUUAAUGGAAACAGACUUAUACAAAUUGUUAAAGACACAGAAAUUAAGUAACGACCACAUCUGUUAUUUCCUAUACCAAAUACUACGAGGGCUGAAGUACAUUCACUCGGCGAACGUUCUACACAGGGACCUCAAGCCCUCGAACCUGCUACUUAACACCACAUGCGAUCUGAAGAUAUGCGACUUCGGGCUGGCGCGAGUGGCAGACCCUGACCACGACCACACCGGCUUCCUCACGGAGUACGUUGCCACGCGCUGGUAUCGUGCCCCGGAAAUUAUGCUCAACUCCAAGGGCUACACUAAGUCCAUAGACAUCUGGUCAGUGGGCUGCAUCCUGGCGGAGAUGCUGUCCAACCGGCCCAUCUUCCCCGGCAAGCACUACCUCGACCAGCUGAACCACAUCCUGGGCGUGCUGGGCUCCCCCAGCCAGGAGGAUCUCGACUGCAUCAUCAACGAGAAGGCUCGUGGCUAUUUGGAGUCCCUGCCGUUCAAGCCGCGCGUGCCGUGGGUGGAGCUGUUCCCGGGAGCCGACGCGCGCGCCCUCGACCUGCUGCACCGCAUGCUCACCUUCAAUCCGCACCGGCGGAUCACCGUGGAGGAGGCGCUCGCGCACCCCUACCUCGAGCAGUACUACGACCCCAAUGACGAGCCAGUAGCAGAGGAACCGUUCCGCUUCGCGAUGGAGCUGGACGACCUGCCCAAGGAGACCCUCAAGAAGUACAUCUUCGAGGAGACUCUACUCUUCAAGCAACUCAACGAAGACGCGUAGGCGACUAGCUAACCCACUGUCCUAAAAAGAUCUACUUUGUCCUCUGUGUAUGGUAAGCGAUCUUGGCCUUUGUAUCGAUGGAAUAAGGAUGAUAGUAUCUUAAUUUUGAUGGUUCCUAGUUCAUUUAACUAUCCUUGGACUGAUGAGGCGAUUAUUCCUACAUCAUAUGUAAUGUAAGGGAAACCGGGAGACGUGAAUCUUUAACGGAACAGCCAUAGUAUUUGCGAUGAUGUCUAUGAUAUUUUAUCAUUACAAAAAAAAAACUGUUUUCCCGGAUUUCCCUUACACCACGUGAUUGUAAACGUGGUCUAUCAAUCUACGGCAUUCGCUCACUGUUUGCGAACUGAUAAGAAAUAAUCAGUACGUUCAUUAUUUGACAACGCGAAGAUAAUCCAGCGGUGACCGCCAGAUAUCUUAUCAGAUAGCGUUACCGCGAGAAUUCUAAAUUACAGAGAAUCGUAACAGGAAAAUGAAAGGCUUUGUAAGAGCAGACGGACAAUAGGUCUAAUUAUACGGACAGUGAAGUCAACGUAGUUUGACGUUAUCAAACGUAUAGUACACGCCGCCGGAUAACCAAAGCUACACUUCGACCGGCGGCCCAGCUUAAGCAUAACCAUGUCGUGCCGAGCCAAAACGGCUUAAUAAACCUCGCUAAAACGAACUAUACGAAAACCCAUAGGCCGAUUUGACUCAACACGGCUCAUUCAUUAAGUAUUGGACGUAGGACUCGACAACGAGUCGACGGGAUCAGUUGGUAUUAUACUGUAAGAUAGAUCGUAUAAAUGGGACAUCAAUGCUUUGCACACUGACACAAAGUUUGUGGUUAGAUCGCGACUUGCUAUUCCUUCUGUGAAAAAUAUUUCGGUCGAUAUUAGGACUUUUACCAGUGAGGGUUGCAUUCAAAUGAAGAAAAUAUGGAGUUAUCUUAUCUUGUCUUUAUAACAGUAUUCCAUUAAAAGAAUAUGCAUUUCAUCUCGGUAAAUUCAAUUGAAAUGCUUAUAUUUUUGAAAUAAUAUGAAUUCAGCGAGACAGAAUUGUAAUAAUCCAGUUACCUAGAAAUAUUGAAUAUGAAAUUUUAGAGGGGAAGAAGUUCUUGGUGUAAUAGCUGCGUUAGUUAAGCGCUUUAUUGUUUUACCAGAAGUUGACAGAGAGAUGAACGUUUUUGUUUUAUUAAAUUGACUUUGCAAAUAUUUCAAUUUUCAUACGGAAUUAUUACAUAACUACUCUUCUAAGAAUUUAAGGACAGCGAAAUACUAACAGCAUUGAAGUAAUAAAAAGAAAUGCAGGUCUAAAGAUUUGUUCUAGUGUUAAUACAUAUUGCUACAAAAAAAGCUUCUUUUUAGCAUUAUUUACAUAUGCAGAGCUUUUUUCUAAACACUUGCUGUCGUAUUGUCAGCUACUGAUGAACUGAUCAUUUAUGUGAUGUUAAGAGAAAUAGUUUUACUUGAAAUGUCUAAUACACAAGGGUACGUCGUCACGACUGGUUCAGAAUGUAGAAAAGUUGAAACAGUAUAAUGUAAAUGUAAGCGUAGAAACCUUAUAGGAUAUUAGAUAGGACUUUCCGAAAUUUAUAAACGUUAAACAUUAACAGUUGGUAUUUGGGUAUAUGAUGCAGAUACAGAGGUGAGGAGGGGGGUAUUGCAGUAUUACAACGUUUGCUGUGCAGAUGAUUUGAGCUGUAAGCAAGUAAAUAUAUGCUUUUUGUGCUCAUGGUUGGACUCGAUUUUCGAUAUAAUCACAAAAUAUUUGGCCGCGUAAAAGUAUAUCGUGCUUCAGAUAAUUGCGUUGCUACUUCGCAAAAAUUGUAAACUGAUACAUAUAAAUAAUAGGUAUAACUGUGUUAAAUGAUAUAAAAACGUACAUCAUGACAUCAUAAUACGGUUACAAAACAAUGCUGAUAAACACAGAUAUCUGCGUAUUUAAUUGGCAUCAUUUAUUACUAUAACCGUAUCUUUAUUGAAUACCCAAUUGUCGGGAACAGUAUGAUAAAAAAAUCUAUAUAGAUACGUCGAGUGACAUCUAUUUUCGAAGGGACAGAGGGCCUAAUGGCGAGAAAGUGUACAUAUUUUUGCAUUUCAAUAAAUGUAAUUUAAAGUUUCACCGAUUCAGACUCUCGAGCACUAGGUACUUUUAUUCUUCGAUUGUAUCGUGGUCUACUUUCGAAUAAUCGUAUCUCGUUGUCUACGGUGAAGGUAUUUGUUGAAAAACUUGCUUGUUCAAAUGGUUUAUCAUAAUAAUUAUCGUCUUCCUUGUAUUUGCAUGUUAGCGCACAACACUCUUCUAGAAUAGGCGAUUCAUAUCAAAUGUGUUUAAGAAAAUGUUUAUAAGAUGAUUGAAACUUGAGUUGAUGUGGCGCUUAGUGUCAAGUUUUUCAACGAAUGGUCGGCAUGGUGCAGUCGCAGCGGCGAGAGGGGUCUGUCUGUUGUUAUACUCUAUAUGUCUAUAAUGAAUAAUGAUGUUGUUAGUGUGCUCGGUAUGAAAUCUGGGCAUUGUCUCACUAAGACCAUAGUAAAAUGAAAAAGUAGGUCAUAACGCGCGCUGUCGUGUAUAUUUUGUUCAGUCCAUUGACGCCCAUUUUAGCCGCCUGUAGUAGACAAGCGCGAAAUGUGUUCAAAGUUUUAACGGAAAUGACCUUCUUUCCUCCUUUUACUAUGCUAAGGACUUUAAAGUUGUUGCGCGUUAAGAACAUUUGUCAUUCAAGAAGUGAAUCAUAUAAUGCAUUCAAAUAAUUUAAUGAGAUUAUAUCAAAUAAGAUCAUGAUGUUAAAUAGAUGUUGAUUUUAUCUGUCACUUACAGAUCUUCCAUACAGGUACAAUAUUAUUAACUACA